UCCUGCCAAGUAAAGAACACUUUCCUCCUCCUCUUCCAGCGGCGACAAACGCAGAGAAUCGACAGAGGAGAAUUGAGCAAAUUAUCUACUUUUCCACUCUCCUUCUUGGACGGUAACGAUCGGCAAGGUCUCGGCUCUUGCCCCACCGAUAUCGAACGAGCCUCGAGCGCCCUGAUUGUCGUCAACAACCAGGAAAGCAGGGCCUGUGUUUUGGUGGGGGUGGGGUUGGGGGAUCCCUGGCGGAUGAUGUCCUUUUCUGUGUGCCGGUGAGGAGCAGCGCCGAUCUCAUCUUCUUUCCAGCAGCUUUAGUUGUUGUUGUCGCAACCCGGUUGAUGCGGAGGUGAUGGACGGUCCUCUCCGCCGCCCAGCAGGGAUCCUUGGCUCCCCCACGGCUUCAGGGAGCCAACCUGCGGGCUCAGAAAUGCUCACCUCCGGCGGCAGCAGCAAGCCUCUCGCUUUCUCCAUCGACCGGAUUAUGGCCAGGACACCCGAGCCCAAGUCAAUACCGCUCCCCAACUGGUUUCAGUCCGCUCCAGUGGGGAAACCCGAAGCAUAUCCGUCCUCGCUGCAUUGCAUGAUCCCGCUGGUACCGCUCGGCUAUGAGCCGGGACACCGGCUCAGUAUCACAGGGCUGGAUCCGGGCCACUUAGACGCGUCUUCUCUCCCGGCUCCCGCAGAAUUUUGGGGGUUUGGGCUAAACUAUAAAAAUCAACAAGAAGACACUGCUGUCAGCCAAACCACUGGGCAGUACAAACUCUUCAGACCCAGGGUGGUAAACCAGUCCUCCUUUCCCACGAUGGGCACUGUUUGCUACCUGAAUUGCAGCGGGGAUUCCGGAGCGUGUCCACCGCCGGCUGGCCUGGUGAACCUGCACCCUAUGGCCUCGUACCUGUUCACUGCCCGACAUAAAGCCUUCAUGGCAGAGAAGAGCAAGCCCGGCAUGCAACAGGCCGCGGAGCGGUACGCGGGUUCCGGCGUGCAGGCCUUCAAGGAUCUAUCUCCGAACCAGAUUCACUACAUAAAGCAGAGGGACCAGAUCCUGAGUGACAAGAUUUUCAAGGGCUCCGCGACAGCUGCAGCGGCAAGCGCCAGGCUCAGCGGCUCCUGUCCCGGUAGCAAGCCCAAAGUUUUUACCUGUGAGGUUUGCGGUAAGGUCUUUAACGCGCACUACAACCUGACCCGCCACAUGCCCGUACACACAGGCGCUCGACCAUUCGUGUGCAAAGUUUGCGGGAAGGGAUUCCGACAGGCCAGCACGCUGUGCCGGCACAAAAUCAUCCACACUCAGGAAAAGCCUCACAAGUGUAACCAGUGCGGAAAAGCCUUUAACAGGAGUUCAACCCUCAACACGCACACACGCAUCCAUGCAGGAUACAAACCAUUCGUGUGCGAGUUCUGUGGGAAGGGAUUUCACCAAAAAGGAAACUACAAAAACCACAAGCUGACACACAGUGGCGAGAAGCAGUUCAAGUGCUCCAUCUGCAGCAAGGCAUUUCAUCAGGUGUACAACCUCACCUUCCACAUGCACACCCACAACGAUAAGAAACCCUUCACCUGCCCAACCUGUGGCAAGGGCUUCUGCAGGAACUUUGACCUGAAGAAACACGUCAGAAAGCUACAUGACCCAGCCGGCGCACAGUCUCCCCCACAGAUGUAAAAACCUGAACACUGACUCUGAACCCCCAGCACACCAAAAUGCAUACUCAACAAUCACAUUUUAGCCAAGCUACAUGUAAAAUAAGCUACACUUUGGUCCUUAGACUUAAGAAGCCCUGUAGGUGGUAAGGGGAAGAUUUUUCAUAAAUCAGUCAUAUGCAUGUGUUUAGAAUUUGUGCACUUUUUUCAUCCAAAUGAAUUUACCAGUUUAUCAGUAAGUGAGAGUGGAAAGUAACUAAAAUACAUUUUUAUCAUGGUUUUUGCUCCUUCUGUUCUCAAAUUACAGAUGCUUAAGAGUAAAUGUCUUUAAAUAAUUUCCUUACCAACAUUAACUA